CACAUAUGAAAGUACAAUAAAAUAGUGUUGUUACAAGCUUAAGCCUUCAUGUCCCUUCCUUUAAUGUCGUACCGCUGGACACCAUGCAAAUAAAAACAAUGUAAUUUCACCUAUAGCAUAAACAAUUUUGGUCACGUAUUUGCCCUCUGGCAGGAUUUUGUUGACCAAAUUUGGCUUCAUUCAGACGAUCACUACUCCCUACUUGUCUCCGUUUCUAUGCACACACGAAUUUUUGGUCUAAGCGGUGUUGUAGUUAAAAGCUGUCAGUAUGGGAAGUUGGACAUUUUAUUUGGUCUUUUUCGCGUCAUCAUUAUGGCAACUGUGCAAUGGUGACCACCGAUGCGGAGGUGCUUGCCUAGAUUAUCGCUUCACCGUGUGCCCUGCAGGAUACCAAACUGGGAAGUGUUCUGGGGGUAGUUUCCGAAGAUGUUGCCUUCCAUGCGAUGCGACUUGUCAGAGUAAUGAAGAUAGUUACAAUGAUGAUGCUUGCGAAAUUGCCUUAGAAGGAAACUGUCAGGAUAACACGAACUAUUGUCCACAAGGAUAUAUAGCAGGAAGAUGUGGCGGACCAGCCGGCCGCCAAUGCUGUCCUGGUGGUGAUUAUAGAUGCUUGCAACAGGGAGGGACUUGUCAAGAUGUUGUUUCAAAUCGAUGCACGAGACUUUAUGAACCUGGAUUUUGUUCAGGAAAUCAGUUUAGGCAAUGUUGCUUACCAUGUGAUGGGGCAUGCCAAAAUGAAAUAAAUAGUUAUGACAAUACAGCUUGUGAAAAUCUUGGUGGCGUUUGCAUGCACAAUUCAAACUAUUGUCCUCGAGACUAUAUCACAGGAAAAUGCGAUGGGCAGGGACGCGAUUGCUGCCCUGGUCCAGACUGGCAAUGUUUGGACAUUGGAGGGACUUGUCAAAAUUGGAUUAUAAACGUAUGCAUUGCUGGUUACGAAGAAGGGUUAUGUACCGAAGCAAACUCAAAAUGCUGUCGUGCUUGUGAUAGUACAUGUCAGACAACCGAACAAAGUUAUACUGAUCCCGCAUGUCAAAAUGUUCCCGGUACUUGCAGGCAUUCUUCAAAUUUCUGUCCACUAGCGUACGAUAGUGCAACAUGUGAAGGAUCGGGUGAACGUAGUUGUUGCCCCCUUGUCAGUUGUGGAACAACGGGAUUUGACAAUACAAAUGGACAAGAAAAUUGUGAUAACAACUUUUUUGCUGAAAGUACAUGCCGCUUUACGUGCAAUAUUGGUUCUCGAUUGGAUGGCCCAGGUUCUAUGACAUGUUCUAUGUAUGAUAGCGGGAGUUGGACACCCGCAAAUGCACCAAUGUGUUCACAGAUCUCUUGCCCGGACUUAAGCUUUACUGGUGACGGAACGACAUUUGAUUGUACGAAUGGUAACUUAUGGGGAAGCGUAUGCACAUAUGGAUGUAUGGACGGAUACGACCUAAAUCCAACUCCAACCUUAGGAUCCACUAUUGAUGUUACAUGUACCGAUGAUACUUCAUGGCAGCCUUCACCUCCAUCGAACCCAGUAUGCAUAAUAAGGACUUGCCCUGAACUGCAAUUUGAAGGAUUUAUAACUUGUGUGCCGCCAAAUAGCAGAGACUAUGAGACAAUUUGUUCGUAUACUUGUCCGAUCGGCAAAGAGCCGGCAGGAGGAGACGGAAUAACUUUGUGCGGAGCUGAUAGUCAAUGGUCUGGUGAUCAACUUCAAUGCGACGAUGUAAAUUGUGGAGAAACAGGAUUUGACAAAACAAAUGGACAAGAAAAUUGUGACAAAAACUAUUUUGCUGGAAGUAAAUGCGACUUUACCUGCAAUGACGGUUUUCGAUUGGUUGGAACAGAUUCUAUGACGUGUUUAAAUAGUCAGAGUUGGGAACCCGGCGAUGCACCAACAUGUUCGCAAAUCACCUGCAUGACAUUAAGCUUUGUCGGCCAAGGAACAACAUUUGUUUGCACGACUGGCAACCUAUGGGGUGGUGUCUGCACAUAUGGAUGUAUGGACGGAUACGACCUAAGUCCAACUCCAACAUUAGGAUCCACUAUUGAUGUUACAUGUACAGAUACUUCUUUAUGGCAGCCUUCACCUCCAUCAAACCCUUCAUGCAUAAUAAGGACUUGUACUGAACUCCAAUUUGAAGGAACAAUAGAUUGUACUCCACCAGAUAGCAGAAACUUUGGGACAAUUUGUUCAUAUACUUGUCCAGACGGCAAAGAACCGAUAGGAGGAAGCGACAAAACGUUGUGCGAAUCUGAUGGUCAAUGGUCGGGUGAUCAGCUACAAUGCGGAGUCGUUAUGUGUCAACAACUUGUUUUUCCGCCCGGGAUCUUUGUAUGCACCAAUGGUUUUGACUAUCAUAGCGAGUGCAGUUUUAAAUGUCCAAUUGGUACAGAACCAGACGUGACCGGAAAGGUCAUGAAAUGCGAAAUUGAUAAGCAAUGGUCAGGAUCAAUGCCAUCGUCAUGCGAUCCGAUCAGCUGUGGUGAUUAUGGCGAAGUUGAAAACGGACAAGCAAAUUGUGACAGUAUUAAUUUUGGAGGCCGUUGCACUGUUUCAUGUAAUUUCGCUUACAAAGCUGCUGGUCCAGAUUAUGUAGAAUGUGAGGCAUCAAAAGAAUGGAGUGAUCCGCCGCUAAGAUGUGAACGAAUUUAUUGUCCUGCACUAGACUUUAGUGAUCAACCGGGUACUAUGACUUGCGAUGAUAAUUUGCCACGAUUUAGUUAUCCCAGUACUUGCAGCUUCGAGUGUGUUUCUGGACAUGAUCUGACCGGAACAUCAUCUUUAACUUGCCAAGGAAGUGGAGAUUGGAAUGGAAAUGUACCUACAUGCAAAGACGUGUUCUGUCCCGAUCUGACUAUAGAGGAUGGGGUGAUCGAAUGUACAGAUGGUCAGAACUAUGCUAGUCUAUGCACAUUUUCGUGCGCAUCGGGGAUUACAUUAUUUGGAGAAAGUAUAUUAUUCUGCCAGUCAAAUUCAAAAUGGUCUCACGAUAUACCUCAAUGCAAAUUAUUCGAUCCUGAUUGUCCAACAUCAACUGCUACUGAGCCUUGCAUAGACGAGUGCAAUAAUAAUGGAGAUUGCAAUGAGGGUAAAAUUUGUUGUCCGAACGCUUGUGCAUCAAUUUGCAUGGCUGUUCCAACACCGGAACCACCAAAUCGAAAUCGAAAUCUCCUGAGAACUUUAACAGUAUUUCAAUUGCUACAACGACGUCAACGACCAGUCUCUUCUGCUCCUGUGUGUCCACCCGGUAGACCUCCAUCGCCAGGAUGUGGAAGUUACCUGUGUAAUGGGAUUAGAUGUGCUACCAAUUCUCAGGCUAGAUGCCGCGUAUACAGCUGUGGUGGAUGUUGGCUUCAGUUUUUUGAUAGCUUUGGACGACGUGUAUCAUGCUCUCGGACGGCAUCGUGCCAGCCAGGACUGAAUCAAUUUUCUCUAUGCCCAACACAAUGUACAAGAGCCUCAUGUCCAAGAUAUCCAAGAGCUCAUUGCAGAGUGACUUGUCCAUGGUGUCCACCGCAGUUUUAUGACCAGAGAACGAAUCGGCCUAUAACUAAUUGUUAUAACCUUAUACGCUUGCAUUAAUUUGUUCAUAGAUAUUAAAUCCCCUUUCCACAAAAGUACCCUCUAAUAGUGAGUCUAAUCUAAAUCCAGCUACGACUGUAACUCGAUUUACUCUUUGUUGUGACUCCGAAACGCCUCACACACCAUGCCCACUGGAACAACUGGCAGAACCAAAUAGCGCUCCAGCAAAACAACCGUCAAUUCCAAACGUGCCAACAAAAAUAACUUACUUGUUGAAGACAUGUAACUCGAGCUCCGCGGCAGCUUUGUUCUAGCGCCUAUUUUUCAAUUAGAAAUUUAGCUUACUAACAAAAUAACUCUUUACUUUUUGGUAUAAACGUAAUUCUAUCACGGCGUAUCGUAGUGAGACUUGCGUGGAUUUUAUUAUCAGUAUUUUUAACCGUUAUUUGCCUAAUUUGUCUUGACACCUCUGCCUGCCAAAUAUUUUUUACUGUCAUACCUCAAAUAAACAUAUGUUUCAUGUACAUUGCUGUUCCAUGUAGUCUCAGUCUACCUCUUGCAAUAUUCUCGAAUAUCGUGUGAAUCAUUUCAUGCCAAUAACCUAAAUGUUUAAGACACGAUGUGAUCGGCUAACAAAAUGCUAAUAAUGUUUUCCUUCUCACAAUCCCAAUUAUAUUGCUCCCGCAAGCAAGGUGGA